GAUGUGGCCUUGAUCAAAACGCUGAGGAGGAAUGCCACUGUGGUGUGCAUGGAGGAGACAGAGCUCAUGGUGGUCGACAAGGAAGACUUCUUCGCUAACAAGAUGGACGUAGAGCUCAAGAGGGAGUUUGAUUAUCGCUUCAGGUUCUUCCGGUGAGAUAAUAGGAUGUAUUACUAUCGCUUUCUGAAUAUACCCGCUACAAACCUGUAUUUGUUGUUGAGCACCGCUCCUACUUUCCAACUGAAGAGCGAAGGCCUACCUGAAUUCCCGCUACAAACCUGUCUUCGUUGAGCACCCCAGCUGCUAGCUGAAGCGCGGAAGCCUACUUGAAUUCCCACUACAAAUGGUGUUUGUAACUCUCAGUCACAGGUACUCACACCAUGUCCCUUCCCUCCCAGGUCACUCCGGCUAGUGUCCUCCUGGCCAUACUCUCUCAUUGAACAGAUGGCUGACCAUUCCAAGGCCGAGCAAUUUCGCUACGGCCACAUGGUCGUCAAGGACACCAACGACAUGGGCAACAUCAUUUUCAUUGGCAAGGUAACUGGGGGGCUAACUUGUAGGCCUACAGUACAUGUGGGGCAUGAUGGGUAAUGUAGUUGCAGGCAGAGAUGUUUGAGGUGAUAUGCUUCCAUUACAGGGCCAAUGUGAUGUGUUGAGGGUGGUGGACCUUACCUCCUGCAGUGCCUACCAACGCCUCCUAAAACAGUAUGCAGACUCAGGUAUGUGUUCAUAAUAUAAUCAUACUGUAACAUGAAGACACACAAAAUAUGCAUACAAUAUACACAGUUCACAUUUCAGCAUUAAGUUCUAGGCAACCCCAAUUUUCCCUGUAUCCUAUAGCAACCAGAGUAACACUUAAUUUACUUUAAUUUAAAAAAUGGUCUGUUGUUUAUAUUGAGUUUUGAGUAAGAUUAUAAUAUUUGUGCAAUGACUUGUUGAAGGACAAUUUUUUUAAAGCAUUCUCUCUAUAUCUCUCUCUCUCUUUCCCUGUCGCUCUCUCUCAGUAAGCAGAGGUACAUGUUUGCCAACACAUGGAUUCAAAGGCGAGCUGACAAACCAACCAGGAAGGUAGUGUAACUGGCCACAGUGUACUUACCUGGACGUACCACACAUCAGUGACGUCGCUGCAUCUCAGCUGUGUCCAUCCAGUUAGUUUGGUGCCCGGUGAUAAGUUGUGUCUGUCUGUUCUACUCUUCCUCAGUGUCAUAAAACACAAAGUCCUCCUCAAUAAUCCUCCACGUCCUCCCAGAGGACUUCCUGCAGAUCUACCCACUAGCGCCUGUUUCCUGAUCGACACCCUUCAUCAGUGCAGCACAUUUGUACGUAGCCCUAUGGUCCAGACUUUACCCACAUCAAGCAUGGGAAGAAAUCUGUAUGGUGCUUGUGCCUUGUGUUCAGCAUGGAUGACCAUGUAAAGACAUGAUAGUAUGACAUCCAUGGCAUGCUGUGUUCUGUGCAUAGAGUUGUAAUCACUUCCUUCAUCUCUUCCUCUAGUGAUUUAUAACUCUAUGGUUCGGUGUGUCUGCUGUGUGGUGAGGUGCAGGGUCUGAACCAAUCAAAACCUGCUCUAGUGUUUUCUAACUCUAUGGUUGUGUCUGUCUGCUGUGUGGUGUGAUGCAGGGUCUGAACCAGUACCUGAUGCCGUCGAAGCAGAGAGACUGUCGCAGGUUCACUCUGGUCAGCCAGAGCGUGGAGAUCCUGCGGGUGGAGAAGACUCGCUUUGACGAGCUGGUGGACAACACCACCAUGAAGAAGCUGGAGGCCCUGCAGAAAACCUACCCAAGGUGACACUUAUGGAUACCAGUGCAGAUGGGCUGACCUUACUGGUGCACCUCAUUGAAAAGACGGGGACCAGAAACAACCCCUAGCCCCUACCCUCUAGGUGUUUGUGUAGAUCUAAGAGGACUCAGGACUAGAUAGGUGUAUGGCAAGCAAUCCACAGAGGGCAAGGUGGAACUUUCACUGUAUUGCUUAUACCUAUCUAAUCCUCUCAGAUCUACCUAGGGGGAAUGUACACAUUACUGGAAGUCGCUUUGGAUAAGAACGUCUGCUAAAUGGCAUAUAUUAUUAAGAUAGCUUUUGUGUUGUCUUCCUGUGUAGCGACGACGAGCUGUGCACUGUGUUCCUGGAACACAGCCGCUGGAAGGACUACAAACACAGUGUGGUACAGGACCUGUUCCCCCACUGGGUCGCCCCAAUCAGGAGCCCCAAGAACCAGAAGCAGCAAGGCCACUGUGGCCCCAGCCAAGGCCCUCCAGUAGACCAGACACGUGAUCAACAGGCUGAAACAGACAAAGCAGAGGGUAGUGCCAAAAGAUAA